CUGCGCAGUCCGCCCCGGCUCGGGGUCCGACCCGCAACCGCGCCGCCGACACCCCGUGGGUCCGGAGGCCAGCCCUGGCUGGUGUUAGGUUCCCCCCCCCCAGCCGAGCCGAGCCGAGCCGCCCGCUGGCCCCGACCCCUCGCUCCCGGGAGAGCCGGGGCCGCCCGCGCCCCCCAGCCUCGCCCGCUGCCCCGGGAGGUCAGCCCCCAGCGGGCGAGAUGCCCUUUUGCUCGAGACCUGCUUCAUCGUGAAAGGCCAAGUUGGAUGAGGAUAAUCCCCGGUCGGGCCGCGGAAAUUGUGCAUUUGCAGCAAUCUGAUUUGCUCGUAAAUGCAUCACGACGAGGCAGCCCAGAAUGAAGAAAGCAAGCAGGAGUGUUGGCUCAGGGCCUAAAGUGUCUGGGAUAAGUAAAACCCAAGCAGCAGAAAAAACCAAGCCCGAAAACAGUUGUUCAGCACUGACCGGAGGCAAACUUGUAAAACCUGGAACGGCCACGUCACUGUCAAAGACCAAGAGCAACGAUGACCUCUUAGCCGGCAUGGCUGGAGGGGUCGCGGUGACGAAUGGUGUCAAAGGGAAACGAAGCACCUGCCCACCCACAGCAUCUUCUACCUCCGCCCCUGCCAUGAGCUCCGUGGAGAGCAAGCCCAGGACAAGCACAGGCACAGCCUCUUCGGCCAAGCGGAGCACGUCCACAGGUAACAAAGAAUCCAGUUCUACUAGAGAACGAUUGCGUGAACGAACCCGACUAAACCAGAGCAAAAAACUGCCUUCUGCAGGUCAGGGCGCCAGUGACGUGGCACUGGCCAAGCGGUCCCGCAGCCGCACGGCUGCAGAAUGCGACGUGCGCAUGAGCAAGUCCAAGUCGGACAACCAGAUCAGCGACAGAGCCGCGUUGGAGGCCAAAGUGAAGGACCUCCUCACGCUGGCCAAGGCCAAAGACGUGGAGAUCCUGCACUUGCGAAACGAGCUCCGGGACAUGCGGGCUCAGCUGGGCCUCGGCGACGACCAGCCCGAGGGGGACGGAAAAUCCGAGGAGAAGGAAGCCGCCGCCAUCGCCCACCAGCCCACGGAUGUCGAGACCACCUUGCUGCAGCUGCAAGAGCAGAACACGGCCAUCCGCGAAGAGCUCAACCAGCUGAAAAACGAAAAUCGGAUGCUGAAGGACAGGCUGAACGCGCUGGGCUUCUCCCUGGAGCAGAGGCUGGACAACCCGGAAAAGCUCUUCGGCUACCAGUCCCUGAGCCCUGAGAUCGCCCCCGGGAACCAGAGCGACGGCGGGGGCACCCUGACCUCCUCGGUGGAGGGCUCGGCGCCGGGCUCGGUGGAGGACCUCCUGAGCCAGGACGAGAACACGCUCAUGGACCGCCACCGCAGCCACUCGCCAGACAACCUGGACAGCGAGUGCAGCGAGGUGUACCAGCCCCUCACCUCGAGCGACGACGCCCUGGACGCCCCGUCCUCCUCGGAGUCGGAGGGCCUCCCCAGCACCCAGCGCUCCCGCAAGGGGAGCAGCGGGGACGCCAGCGAGGUGUCCGUGGCCUGCCUGACGGAGCGGAUCCACCAGAUGGAGGAGAACCAGCACAGCACGAGCGAGGAGCUGCAGGCCACGCUGCAGGAGCUGGCCGACCUGCAGCAGAUCACCCAGGAGCUGAUCAGCGAGAACGAGCGGCUCGGUGAGGAGAAGGUCAUUCUCAUGGAGUCCCUGUGCCAGCAGAGUGACAAGCUGGAGCACUUCGGCCGGCAGAUCGAGUACUUCCACUCCCUCCUCGAUGAGCACCACGUCCCCUACGCCCUCGAUGAAGACGUCAAAAGCGGGCGCUACCUGGAGCUGGAGCAGCGCUACAUGGACCUCGCCGAGAACGCCCGCUUCGAGCGCGAGCAGCUGCUCGGGGUCCAGCAGCACCUGAGCAACACCCUGAAGAUGGCCGAGCAAGACAACAAGGAGGCGCAGGAGAUGAUCGGGGCGCUCAAGGAACGCAACCACCACCUGGAGCGGAUCAUCGAGUCCGAGCAGAAGGGCAAGGCGGCCCUGGCGGCCACGCUGGAGGAGUACAAGGCCACGGUGGCCAGCGACCAGAUCGAGGUGAACCGCCUCAAGGCCCAGCUGGAGAACGAGAAGCAGAGGGUGGCGGAGCUGUACUCCAUCCACAACUCCGGAGACAAGACCGACAUUCAGGAUCUCCUGGAGAGCGUCAGGCUGGACAAGGAGAAGGCGGAGGCCCUGGCGAGCAGCCUGCAGGAAGACCUGGCACACACCCGGAACGACGCCAGUCGGCUGCAGGACGCCAUUGCCAAGGUAGAAGAUGAAUACCGAGCCUUCCAGGAAGAAGCUAAGAAACAAAUUGAAGAUUUGAAUGUGACGUUAGAGAAAUUAAGAUCAGAGCUGGAGGAGAAAGAGACAGAAAGGAGCGACAUGAAAGAAACCAUCUUUGAACUUGAAGACGAGGUAGAGCAACAUCGAGCUGUGAAGCUUCAUGACAACCUCAUUAUUUCCGACUUAGAGAAUACAGUUAAAAAACUCCAGGACCAAAAACAUGACAUGGAGAGAGAAAUCAAGACACUCCACAGGAGGCUUCGGGAAGAAUCUGCAGAAUGGCGACAGUUUCAGGCUGAUCUGCAGACUGCAGUAGUCAUUGCAAAUGACAUUAAAUCGGAAGCCCAAGAGGAGAUUGGCGAUUUGAAGCGCCGGCUGCACGAGGCUCAGGAAAAAAAUGAGAAACUCACAAAAGAAUUGGAGGAAAUAAAGUCACGCAAGCAGGAGGAGGAGCGCGGCCGGGUGUAUAACUACAUGAAUGCGGUUGAGCGAGAUCUGGCAGCCUUAAGGCAAGGGAUGGGCCUGAGCAGACGGUCCUCGACCUCCUCAGAGCCAACCCCCACCGUUAAAACGCUCAUCAAGUCCUUCGACAGCGCGUCUCAAGUACCAAACCCUGCCGCAACUGCAAUUCCUCGCACGCCUCUGAGCCCCAGUCCUCUGAAAACCCCCCCUGCAGCCGCCGUGUCCCCCAUGCAGAGACAUUCCAUCAGUGGCCCCAUCUCGACCUCCAAACCCCUGACCGCCCUGUCGGACAAGAGGCCAAACUACGGGGAAAUGCCCGUUCAAGAGCAUCUCUUAAGAACGCCUUCAACCAGCCGACCCGCUUCUCUGCCGAGGGUUCCUGCCAUGGAGAGUGCCAAGGCCAUCUCAGUGUCUCGACGAAGCAGUGAAGAGAUGAAGCGGGACAUCUCGGCCCCGGAAGGCGCCUCGCCGGGCUCCCUCAUGGCCAUCGGAACCACGUCACCCCAGCUCUCCCUGUCCUCCUCCCCCACGGCGUCCGUGACCCCUACCACCAGGAGCCGGAUAAGGGAAGAAAGGAAGGACCCUCUGUCUGCCCUGGCAAGAGAAUAUGGAGGCUCGAAGAGGAAUGCCUUGCUGAAGUGGUGUCAGAAGAAAACAGAAGGCUAUCAGAACAUCGACAUCACGAACUUCAGCAGCAGCUGGAACGACGGGCUGGCCUUCUGCGCGCUCCUGCACACGUACCUCCCGGCCCACAUCCCCUACCAGGAGCUGAACAGCCAGGACAAGAGACGGAACUUCACCCUGGCCUUCCAGGCGGCUGAGAGCGUUGGCAUCAAGUCCACCCUGGACAUCAACGAAAUGGUGCGAACUGAGCGGCCCGACUGGCAGAACGUGAUGCUGUACGUGACGGCGAUUUACAAAUACUUCGAAACCUGAGCGCCCGUCCAGAGAGGCCGCCCGGCACCACCCGGGGCCUCCUGCAGCUCCCCGGGGCCCCCGUUCGCCACGCUCCACCAUACAACGUCCAGUGGCCCUGGCGUGUGGCCUGCUUGCCCUGGGACCCCAUCUCGGGCCGGGCACCUUCCCCGUUCUCUCCCAGGCCAGACGGGCUCCAGGCCCAGUUCACGCAGAUUUACCACCGAGGUUUUCCUUCUGGAGUGAACAUUGAACUAACUCCGUGCUGUGGGUGUCAAAAAAAAAGGCUCACUCGCAGGCGAACUUCGGAAAAGGGAUGAAACCCCACAGGGCUUCUGAGUCUACCGUGCAGGUUCCAUUUCUGGGGAGAACCAUGGAGAUGUUUUGCUACCGGAGAGAACCCUGCAGAGGCUCCGGCCGGGCUGGGUUUUGAGGGGUGGGACGGCCACCCCUCCGCCUGACAGGGCUGUCCCGGCCAAUGCAAUUUGCAACUUUGCAACCUUGAACUGAGAAAUGACAAAAACACCACAGUGCACGGGAUCCCUGGCUCUCGGGCCUGCUGCCCCCAAAUGGAUUCGUGCUUCUGGGCCCCUGUUGACCGGAAACGGUUCAGGGGGCCCCUCGCCCGAGGCGCCUGCCUGCUCCUCUCCAGCUUGAAGAGGGUUCAAUUCCCGGCUCCGGCUUUAGGUUUCUGGAUGUAAGAAUUGGUCAUCAAGAGUUCUCCUAGUUUAAAAGAGAAAAAAAAAAGCAUUUUUGUUGUAGGGAACUAUGGGAAACAUAGAGAAACUAUAGGAAAUGUAGGAGAACCAUGGGUAAUAUAGUUCCUGUUCUAUUAGUCCCAAAGCCAGAUUGUGGUAAACCUGAGAGAGAAAACACAAAGUCCGGACCGUAACGUGGUAGGACAAGCAAUGGCAGAAGAAAGGGGACGGUGGGAAGCCUGGGGAGCGUAACGAAGCCGCUUCUGAGUCCCAAGGCUCCGUCUUUCCAGCAAGAAUUUAAGAAAGUGCCUUAGCUCCUGGCAGGGGCAGCCCCCCGUGCCCGGAAGCUGCCGUCCGCGCUCUCGCAGCCGUGGGGCCUGGGUGCUGGAGCCAGUGCCCCCUGCGCGCCCUUCCCGAGGCAGUGCAGCGACUGGCAGCCCCCCCGGAGCCCCUUCUGCGCUCCGGGGAACCAGAGCCUUCCUUGAGGCGACUUCCAGCUGGGACCCGGCCCUUCUGGGGAACAGUGUGCCGUAGCCUUGUGUGUGCCCCUAACCCAGCGGUCGAUGGUCUGAACGGGGGCAAGACCCGUUGCUUCCGGAACACAGCGGCAGGUGGCAUCUGCCGGGCCCCUGGGGAAGGGCGGCCUCAGUGGAACAGGACCGCUGCUGCCACUGGCUGCUGGGGUGCAGGGGGCUCCCCGAACCCUGCAUGUGUGUGUGGCCUGAGGAGAGCACGGAUCUUCUGAAACAGGCUGGGGCUGUGCCUCUCACCCUGCCCAUUGGCCCCCACCGGCGGCCCUGGGGUGAAGGGCCCGUCUUCGGCCCGGUGGGCAGCGGCGAGUUCCUGGCCCCCGAAGCCCCUCAGGGACGCAGGCUCGCACAGCUUGCUCCGUGGAAGGAUUACCCUGAGUGAUUUAAUAUGCUGCGUUCACAUGUGCCCACUUUUGUCCCAUCUGCCCGAGGAGGCCUGUCCGCCCCUGUCUGGACCCAGUGGGUCUGAUCUACAGUCUUGUUUUUGUUUGUUUAUUUUAUGUUGGGGGAGCUGCUGGCCUGGGCCCCCCUCUGCCCUCCCCCGGGGCAGGCAGUGCAGGUGGGCUUGGCCGGGCCCCCCACGCUUGCUUGUGGGUCUACGGGCGAGAGGAUUCCAGCAGCAUUCCUCCCUGCCUGUCUGCGUAGGAUCCUUGUUAUAACACUAUCGACUUCACAGAAUGACACUCGACGGUCACAGAGACGUGGGGGUGGAUUUUGAGGUGCAGGCGCACUUUGCUUUGUCCCCCAGGAGCGCCCCGAUGUGCCGGCCGCCUCUUCUCCCGUCGAGCACACACUCUCCUCCAAAAGGGCCAGUUGUGUGUGUAGUUCUGGACCCCAGGCCUCUGCCCACCGAUCGUCGUGUUUCAUUUUGUUCGACUAAACGUUCCCGAACAUAUUAAAAUUGUUUGAAACACA